AUGGAAAUUUGUGAAUUAUUUAAGGAAACUGUAAGAUAUUUUUUUAUUAAAGCUUUAAGAAGAGAAUGAUAAUAAGAGAUAAGCAAUGAUGCUCAAUGUUUGUCGAAAACUCAGUAGAAUACUUCCUUUUCCUUCUGUAGUCACAAUUUUAUAAUAAAAACCAAACAUUUUAAAAUAUCUACUGAUAGCCAGCUAAUUGAAUGAAAAUUGUGUAUUAACUAUAAAUAUCAAUAAUUUUGUAGGCUUUAAUGAUGUUUUAAGCAUUAUAAGAGAGAUACUACGAUGAAAAGUUAUAUGUGAAACUCUAUUUUGAAUGUGUGAUAAAAUGUUUAAUAAAUUAGGAGAGUAAUUUAUAAAGUAUGAUCUUUGCUAGUUUAUAGUUAAAUUGUAAUAAAGAAUGAGGAAAAAUUAAGAUUAUUUUUAUAUGAGAAUUCUAAAUACUUAAUUAAUAAAAUAUAAGAGUGUUUCAUGAAUGAAGAAAGUGUUUGUGUAAUGAUAAAUAACUUUUUUAAAAGUUAUAUAAAAUACAAUGCAAAUUUUGAAAUACUUAAUUAAUGCUUCUUAUUUGCCUUAGAAAAGAGGAAUACUUGGAAAUUACUUAGAGAAGUAGAUUAACAAUUUGAAAUUGAUAUUGAAAAUUGUAAUUAAUUAUAGUUAUUUUUGUAGAACUAAUAAUAUUAGGUUAAGUAAUGAGUUCAAAAAAUCUAGAUUUCUAGAUAUAAAAUGGUCAUUAAUAAAAUAGAAAACUCACAUAUUGUGGAUUAAAUAAAACAUAGAUAAAAUAAUAAAUGCUUGAAGAAUGGUUAUUUUAACCAAGUGAAGUUCCAUUGCUUGUAGCUAAUUAACCAACCUUAGACUAAAUUUCAAGUGAUGUUUUUAAAUCAAAUAAAUUACUUGAAAUGUUCUUAUCAUUUAUUUUACUUCCAACUAAGUAUUCCUAAAUAGUAGAAAAUGUAAGAAUAUAUUGAUUAUUAGAAAUUAUCUAAUAUUUAUGUAGAUCUAAAAUGUUCUGAUCCUCCAUCUUUUAGAUAAUUAAAUGUAAAUGUUUCCUAAGAGAAUAGGCCAAUCAUUUAAUUUAGAGCAUUUCGAACAAUGCAAGCAUUAACUGAUAAUAGAAAUAAUUUUCUAUUAACUAAAGUUAAUUAAAGUUAUUAUCAAAGAGUAUACUAAAUGAUUCAUGAAUGUCUUAAAUAAGAUUUAGUAGCCAUAAUAAUAUGUCCAGAAAUCAUUGUACAAUAUCUAACAUUCCUACUUUAUUUUGAGCCUGAGAUAUCUACUUUUUAUUUAAUAUCUUAUCAUUUACCUUUUAGAUUGAUGUUAUUUCUAGAUAUUCCUGAAAUAUCUCAAUAUUUUACAUAAAUAAUGAGUUUUAUUUAGACUCCUUAUCAUAAAUUCAGUCAUAAAUAAUCAAAAUUGUUAUGGAAGUAUUUUGAAUUAACCAAUUUUUUCUAAGAUUUAUUAGAUACAACUAUAUUUGAAUAGAAAGUGAUAGAUAACAUAAUUACCUUAAAAUCAACUGAAUAGUUUAGACCAUCGAAGAUAGAAGAACUUUUGUAAUAACCUAACUUUUCACCUCUAGAAAUUGAAAAAUAAAUUACUUUACCAGAACAUAAAAAAGUGAUUGAAGAAAUUGAUGACAUUAAUAUAGAUUUUGAUCUUAUUUUUUAAUAUCUUCCUAGUAAAUGCUAAAAAACUACAAAGCUAUUUGAAAGAAUGCUUUAAUAAGCUACUAAAAAAGUAAAUACAAAAACUGAAUAAAGAAUGAUUAUGACUACUUAUAUGCCUAAAUCAAUCUAAACUGUUAAAAACGGAAAAAAUGAAGAAAUAGAUCCAAUUACAUUUAGUCCAACCAGAAGAAAAACAAUAAUUGCUCCUAAAUUAAUUAAACUAUUUGAUAAUAAUUCAAGAUAUUCAGUUUAAAGAAGUAAUCAAGAAUAUGAUACAUAACACAUUUCAUCUAAUAAUACAUCAAGAAGUCAAUUAUAAGCUCUUACUAAUCCCAACAAUUUAUUUGGUGUUAUUACUGAGUCUAUUUAAAUAUAAACUAAAGAAUUAUAAUAAGAUAUUAAAUAAAAGCCAAUGUAUUAGAGAAUUCUUGUAAAAAGACCAACACAAAUGAUAAUGCUUUAUAGUUAAUAAAAAUAAUAGAGUAUGAAGAGAUUAAGUUAAUAAUCUUCUUUUGUUAAUAUUACUGAUUCAAUAAAUAAAUCAAAACUAUAAAAUUCAAUAAUUUUAAAUAAAUUUAAUCACCUAGUUGGAACAAUCAAACCAAUUGACUCAGAGAGAGACUUUAUUAUCUAUCCACCUGAACUUAAAGAUUAAUAAAUCACUGAUUUCGAAAAAUUAGCUUUUGAUGAUGAAUUUUAACAAUUAUGUUUAAGAAAUGAAAACUAUACUAAAGGUGUUUUGUAAUGCAUUUAUGAUAUAUUAUUAAUGAUAUUUACACCAAAGAAAUUCAUAUUAUCUAAUAAUUUGUCUAAUGAAAAUUAAGAAUAUUAUCUUAAUAUCAUAUUUGGAGAUAAUAAAUACAAAUUUAUAUAAAUAAUAACUAAAAAUUAUUUAUUAAAAUAAAAAUAUGGAGAAGAAUAUCAAUCUACAUUCUUAAUAGCAGGUAGAAUUUAUAAUCUUAUGCUACAGAAUAAUAUGGAUAAAAUUAUAUAUUAUAAUUUUUAAGAUCAUUUGAUAUUAAUUGUAAAAAUACUAGUAACUUAACUUUUAUCAUAAUAAUUAUCAAUACGAAUUAUAAUUCUAUUAGAAAGUCUUACCUUAAUCCUAGAAAAAACAAAGUAAAACUUAUUAUAAUAUAUAUCAAUAUCUUUCUGGCAUUUAUUAGUUGAAGCAUGUUCUAUUCAUUAUGAAAAUUCAUUAUUCAUGAAUUAUUUUACAAGAAUUCUUACAAUUAGUUUUAUAUAUGGAAAUUUGAUUAUUUUUAAAAGACUGUUAUUGAAAAUCAACUUUUUAUCUUAUUUUAAAGAUCAUCCUUGUAUAAUAAAAUCGUUAUUUUUGAUAUUAUUUCUAAUUUUUAAAUUGAAAUAAGAUGAAAUAAAAUCAAUCAAAUGUUAGAUUUCAUUAAUGUCUUCUUGGAACCAUUUCCUGACUUACUUUAAAUGGUAUUUUUUUCAUGUUAUUUUAGUGAAAUUAAAUUAUUGGAAUCAUAAUAAUACAAAAGCAUUCUUAAAUUCCUUAAACAAGAUGAUUUUCUUUAUAUUGAAUCAUUAUUUCAGAGUAGAGAUAAUAAGAAAAAUAAUUUGUUAAUUCAUUGA